AGGAGCGCCCCUGGCCCCGCGCAGGGGAGCAGACGCGGGGACGUGAAGGGAGGGGCGCGCGGGUGCGGGCGGAGGAGAGCGAGGGCGGGCCCGCGGACGCUCUCUGCCUCCUUCGCCCGGCUGUCCCCCGAGUGCUUCCCGGAGCCUGGCCCUCUGUGUGGGACGGCUGCCCCGAUGCGGCUGCGAAACUGACGGAUGGCAGAUCCGCAGGGAGCUUCUAAAAGGCUCACCAGUGCCCGGAUCGCAUCCCCAGAACUCGUCUGUACGGGAUGGGUCGGGCUGGGUCGCCUCUGGAAGCGCUCUCAGCGGACCGCUGGUGUGUUACUCACAGAGGGCGCCGAGGGGAGGUGCUGUUUGCCGGGGACGCUGUCCCGCAAGCUCGGGGACCAGGCUUGGUCCUUGGAAGCUGGAGGGAGGGCUGAGGCGCCCUGCUGAGCGCUGGUCGCGCCCCAGGAACCUGCACGCCGGACUCUCAUCGGCUGCCUGCACCCACGGGGGACCUGCAGGUCCGCCUUCCCGCCACAGGCCCCACGGCCUCCCCCUGAAAAGUGCAUGCCUGGGCCCCACUCCACAAUUUGAACUUUUUUCUUUGGUUGUUUAUUGGUGACAUUUGGGUGAGAACCAGGAACUCGAGGCUAAUCAGAAGUAAAACAUUAGACAAAUCCUAGUUGAAGAUCAAGAAUACUUGACCAGUACUUCUCAAACAGAAGAUUAUGUUUCUUAUGAAGCCUUCCGUGUGCAUCUUUCUUUUCACCUGUGUCUUCCAACUCAGCCACCCCUGGUCAGUGAACAAUUUCCUGAUGACCGGUCCAAAGGCUUACCUGAUUUACUCCAGCAGUGUGGCAGCUGGUGCCCAAAGUGGAAUCGAAGAGUGCAAAUAUCAGUUUGCCUGGGACCGCUGGAACUGCCCUGAGAGAGCUCUGCAGCUGUCCAGCCAUGGGGGACUUCGCAGUGCUAACCGAGAGACCGCGUUUGUACACGCCAUCAGCUCUGCUGGUGUCAUGUACACUCUGACAAGGAACUGCAGCCUCGGAGACUUUGACAACUGUGGCUGUGAUGACUCCCGGAACGGGCAACUGGGGGGCCAAGGCUGGCUGUGGGGAGGCUGCAGCGACAACGUGGGCUUCGGAGAGGCAAUUUCCAAACAGUUCGUGGACGCGCUGGAGACCGGGCAGGAUGCGCGCGCCGCCAUGAACCUGCACAACAACGAGGCAGGCCGAAAGGCGGUCAAGGGCACCAUGAAGCGCACGUGCAAGUGCCACGGCGUGUCUGGCAGCUGCACCACGCAGACCUGCUGGCUGCAGCUGCCUGAGUUCCGCGAGGUGGGCGCGCACCUGAAAGAGAAAUACCACGCGGCACUCAAAGUGGACCUGCUGCAGGGUGCGGGCAACAGCGCGGCGGGGAGGGGCGCCAUCGCCGACACCUUCCGCGCCAUCUCCACGCGCGAGCUGGUGCACCUGGAAGACUCCCCCGACUACUGCCUGGAAAACAAGACGCUUGGCCUGCUGGGCACGGAGGGCCGCGAGUGCCUGCGGCGUGGCCGCGCGCUGGGUCGUUGGGAGCGCCGCAGCUGCCGCCGGCUGUGCGGGGACUGUGGGCUGGGGGUGGAGGAGCGCCGCGCCGAGACGGUGACUAGCUGCAACUGCAAGUUCCACUGGUGCUGCGCAGUCCGCUGCGAGCAGUGCCGCCGCCGGGUCACAAAGUUCUUCUGCAGCCGCGCGGAGCGGCCGCGGGGAAGCGCGGCGCCCAGGCAGGGGCCGAAGCCCUGAAGGUCUCUUGCCUGCCUCCUUUCCCCUUUUGUUCUGGGUCCGUUAAAGAUUCCAGUAACAGGGGAACCGCGGGAUGGGGACCUGCACUAAGCCCCGAGAUCCUGAGGGAAAGUGCCACUUGCCAGGGGGCUCCCCAAUUCCUAUGCGCCCUCUUCCCUGGGCUGAGUCUGCUGCGUCCUUACAGCCCACAAGCAGGUCCGAGAACUGUGCUAAGAUAACCGUGGUACACUGAUCUUCCUUGGGCCACGACCUCCCUAAUGUCCUCCGCCUGAGCUCACCUGUCAAGCCCGCGGAGAGGAGGGCACCCUUCUGGGACUCGCAGGCACUGGUGCAGCCAUGGCAUUGCUCCUUGCCUGCCGUCUGCCCCAAGCCUGCGCACUCACUGCCUCUGCUCCUCCAGAGCCAGAACCCUUGCUGCUGAGUCCCAGCUGCUGCCAGACUCCACAGGAAUGCCUAACUUUCCCUCCUUCACUCCUACACAAAAACCAUGAGGAAACGGACCUGGGUGUGGAGCUGGCUCCAAGCCCUGCUCCUGGGCCCCCUUCCCUGAGAGACUUCCCCAGUGGGCAGUGACUGCCUGAAUCACCCAACCAAGCGGUCCAGAGACUUGUAAGGUCAGGGGACCAGGCAUUUCCUACCCUUCCAAAUCAGCAUUCCCUGCUCCAGGCCUGCUUCCCCCUAGCAACCAAUCUACCUUUUUUCCUUCCCCAAUGGAGCCAACAUAGAGAUAAAUAAACCUGAGUUCCCUUUUGGACCCUGGUUUGCACCAAUGAAGGCAGGCCGCAUGAGGGACAAGCUGGUUCUCAGUAGGCACUGGACACUUUCCUUCAUCAAGGAAACUUCCUGCCCUUAAGCUGAUGCACCUUGUCAUUUACUGAAGUCACUGGUAUGUGCCACCCUCCCACCACAGGUACUGAACUUACUAUACAGGACAGGGGAGUAGGAUAGGGUGAAAGGUACAACCUCUAGGCUCUCUCCUCCCUUCUCCUCGGCAGGAUGGCAGGAUGCCUACUUCCCUGAUGGCCUAUGCCAGUUAGCCUGACUUGACUGAGGCUGAUCUGCCAAGGAGUAGUGAACCGUGCACAUCAUCAUCCCUUGAUAGAUUCCCUCUCAUUCAGGAGCUAGAGUCUUCCAGUUCCUUUCUCAGAAGGAGGCAGUUCAGCAGAGACCUGUUUAUGGAGCAGGGCUCCAGGGAAGAGAGCAUCACAUCCUGCAUCCCAAGCCCCUUCCUGCCUGCUCCCCUGCCAAGAAGCCAGCCAUCCUGGCCUCCAGGCAGCUCUUGUACAGAUCUGGCCUGUGCUCUCUUCUCCCAGGGUAGGAGAAAGUGCAGAGGCCACAAAAGCCAUGCUCUGGGGGCCGACCAGGAUGAGAAGGGCUCCCACACUGAGCCAGUGCUCAAGCCAGACCUCAGGCCCCCGGCUCCCAACCUCCACAAAUUCUGGUCCUGCCAACACUUGCUCAGAGAGGCUCCCCUCCUUACCACGGGUGCCCUUCUCCUCAGGCUCCCUCAGUGCUGUUUCCAGCUUUAUUAGCAGAAGGUCUUUCUUCAUUCCUUCAGCUCUUACUGGGCCUCUUAAGCCACUUCUUCCCUGAUCAAGCUGCAGCUUCACCAAGCUGUCCCAUCUGCCAGGGUUAACUUGAUAGUGUGCAUGAAGAAAAUGUGGUAAGGAGGCUAGAAAAUAUAAAAGUGCACUGUGGCAAGCAAAACUGAAUCUUUGCAUAAAAGUGGACUUACGCUCCACAUUUCCAGGUCAGCACUCUAGAUCUGUCAUGCUGCCGGAAAACUCUCACUGUACCCCCACGGAGGAUGAAUGCCAGACCCAGCUGAGCCCCACAAAGAAGAAGUCACAGAACUACCUUAGAACUGUAGUGCACCCCGCUUUAUUCAUUGUCUGCUCAGGCACACUGAGUGAAGACCCAGGGAAAAACACACCUGUCCCUUGCACUGUGGGUCCUUUCUCUCACACAGCUGUGUCCCUUGCACUGUGGGUCCUUUCUCACACAUAGCUGUGUCCCCCUUCAGUAACAUGGCCAACCCCAGAACUGUGGGAAGAGACCUUGGAAAUCUGGCCAUCAUAUCAAGUGUCUCACAGGUUUAGACUCAGCAAGGGACCUGGCCCCACCCUCCUCCCAGGUGUCUCUGGGAGCCCAUCUGUCUCUGCUUUGGGGCGGAAGCAGAGGGAGGUUCUGAGAAGUGACAAGAACACGGGCUAAGGUAGGCAGAGCACUGUCUCCUCCCUCCCCGGCCUGUGAGCCUGCAUGCGGGUGGAGCUCAUUCUUGUGAAAAGAACCCCCACCUUAACUGGCCUUUGCGUGGUCAGGGCAAAGACAGACAGGUCGGCCUCAGCACGCUGGUGGUGCUGCUGGUGGUGAGGGGAGGGCAAGCUAGGGCACUUGCCUAUUGUGGGUCUGGAUUGGAUGCUUCCACUCAUUCAUUUCCUUUUAAUUAACCCACAUUCCUGGAGGAGAAAUAUUUAUGUUGGCUCCCAUAGAGCCAAUCCUCAGACUGGAAAGAAGGGAAAAGAAAGCCUGUCUUAGCAAAACAAUAUCUCUAAAGAGCUCAAGGAAAGAAAAUAGGGGAACAAAACGCCAUUAAAACAGCCUUCUACCCCUGCUGGA